CACAGCUGAAGAAGGCCCCUGGCAGCCAAAAUGAAGUCUGCCAUGUCACAGUGCUGCCUGCUGCUGAGUCUACUGCUCUUCUCUGCAACAGAUCUGUUGGCUGAUCCCUCUGUUCCUGAAGACGAACCUCUAGUACCACUGCAGCUGCAGCAGCCUGACACUACUGACAUUUUCCCCUGUGAAUGUGACGCAACAGGUGACCACACAACCCAGAGUUCAUCCAACGACACACCAGCCCCAGACAGACCCCUGUGUCCGCCCUGCAACCCACCAGUCCCCCCCUCUGACACGGAGCAGGGUACUGAUGAGGGAAAUCAUGAAGAAACACAGCAAAAUGGAGAGGAGUCUAGUCAGGAUGAAGUAAACAAAGAGGAGACAGUGUCCGAUGAUGAGCAGGUAGAAGAAGAACUGACUUUGGAGGAGGAAGUCACAGAGGAAGACCUGGAGGAUGCUGUAUUGUUUAAUGGUGCAGAAGAACAGAAAGAGAUUACUGCUGAAGAGGAAAAUGAACAACUACAAGAGACAGAAGACGAGAUAGAAGAGGAGAUAGAUGAAGAGGUGGAGGAGAUUACAAAUGAAGUAGAAGAAGACAAUCUAGCUUUCAGUGAAGAGGCAACCAGUGAAGAAGAAGGAACACUUGAUGAAGAGGUUGAAGAAGAAAAAGAAGAAGAAGAAACAGAAAAUAUCACUGAGGAGGUGACUGAACAAGAUGAGGAAAUACAUGACGAGGAUUUGGAUACAGCCGAGGUAAACAGUGAGGAAGAAGAUACUCUAACACAAGAUGAAGUAACAGAAGUAGAGGAGGCAGAAGAAGAAAAUGAUUCAGGAGAAACGUCAGAUUCUAGUGCAGAGGAAGAACAAGAAGAAUCAAAUACAGCAGAGGAAAACAGCGAAGAAGAGUCUAGUGAAGAAGAAGAGACAGUUUAUGCUCCUGAAGAGGUUAUCACCACAGAUGACGAGGCGGAUGAUGCUGUCAAAGAUGAAGAGGAUGAAGUAGAUCCUAUCGUUGAGGAGGUACCAAGUGAGGAUGAAGAAACUCAAGAGGAGGAAACAGAGGCAACAGACAUGGAGGAGGUUGCUGUUGAGGAGGAGGCAGCUUCUGAGGAGGCGCUAGAGACUGUAGAAGAAGAACACCAGGAGGAAGUAACAGAGGAGGACCAGGAAGAGCCAACAGAAGUAACAGAAGAUGAAGCAGCUGCAGCCACAGAGGAGCUUGAAGAAGUUGAGGAGGAACAUGUUGAAACUGAAACCGCAGAGGACAACAAAGCUGAAGAAGACACACCCCAGGAUCUAAAUGAGGAGGACACGAUUGAAGAAGGCGCUACAGAAGAGGAGGCCAUCUUGGAACCUGUGCAAAGUGUUGAUUCUCCUGCGCCAGAGGACCUACCUGCUGACAGUGAAGAGGAGAUCCAGGCUGAGCUCAACCCAGUCAGUCCCGAGGCAGAACCAGAACCAGAGCCUGUAAUUGAGGUCACCACAGACUCCCCAGUGCAACAUGAGGAAACCAUUGCAGAUGCUAUUGUUGAGGAGGUGACAGAGGAGAAGCCAACACCGCCCAAAGCAAAAGGUCAAAAAGUCAAAGAAUCAGCAGGUCCAAUCAUGAGGGACAGGAGCCACAUUGAGGAGACACUGCACCUGAAUACGGCGGAGCUCUCAGCCGAGUUCACAGCUGCUCAGAAAAAGUUGUUGGAUAUCUACCACACAGCCAUCAAACCCAUGGAAGACGCUUACAAGUACAAUGAGCUGAGGCAGUAUGAAGUCACAGAUGGUGAAAUUACCUCAAAGCCCAUGAUUCUGUUCCUGGGGCCGUGGAGCGUUGGAAAGUCCUCAAUGAUCAACUACCUGCUCGGUCUCCAUGGCACCUCACAGGAGCUUUACACAGGAGCUGAGCCUACCACGUCAGAGUAUACAGUCAUCAUGCAUGGUGAAAAGUUCCGUACUGUUGAGGGUAUCGUCAUGGCAGCAGAUAGCUCGCGGUCAUUCUCACCCCUGGAAAAGUUUGGACAGGGAUUUUUGGAACGGCUGGUGGGAAUUGAGAUGCCUCACAAACUUCUGGAAAGGGUCACUCUGGUAGACACACCUGGGAUCAUUGAAAACCGAAAACAGCAAGAGAGAGGUUACCCCUACAAUGAAGUGUGCCAGUGGUUCAUAGACCGUGCCGAUCUGAUCUUCUUGGUGUUUGACCCCACAAAACUGGAUGUGGGCGGAGAACUGGAGAUGCUCUUUAGGCAAAUGAAGGGCAGAGAGUCCCAACUGCGUCUGAUUUUGAACAAGGCCGACACAGUGUCCACCCAGGACCUGAUGAGGGUGUAUGGGGCUCUGUUUUGGAGUAUGGCUCCUCUGGUCAAUGUGACUGAACCUCCGCGGGUGUAUGUCAGCUCCUUCUGGCCUCUGGACUACACUGGAGACACCAGCCGAGAACUGUUCAUGAAGGAGGAGAUCUCUCUGCUUGACGACCUCAAUCAGGUCAUUGAAAACCAACUGGAAAACAAAAUAGCCUUCAUCCGUCAGCAUGGUAUUAGAGUACGUAUUCACGCUCUGCUGGUGGACCGCUACCUCCAGACCUACUAUGACAAGCUGGGCUGGUUCAGUGAUCCUUAUGAGGUUUUACAUGACAUUGUGAGUGAUCCCGAUAAAUACUACAUCUUCAAGUCUAUUCUGGCCAAGACCAACAUCAGCAAGUUCGACUUACCUGACAAGGAGGCCUACGAGGACUUCUUCGGUGUGAAUCCAAUGGCCAACUUUAAGCAGCUGUCAUACCACUGCAGCUGGAGUGGUGGAUGUCUGCUGGACAAACUGGAGAAGGCUAUCUCACAUGAUCUCCCAGCUCUCCUCAACAGCAUCAACACCACCCCUGAUACGCCACCCCCUCCCAAACAGGCCCCAGCUCCACCCCCACCUUUCCCCGGGACAUGUGAGGGUCCCAGCUGUGAGGAGAAGCCUAAAAACCGAUGGAGGAGACAGUGAGAGGAACUAUGCUCUGUGAUCAGCAACUCACAGAAGAAAAAGAAUAUUGGACAAUGUUGUCAUAAAAAUGUAGCUGCACUCUUUUUCAAUCAAUGGGAUAUUUUACGCAUAAUUAAAAGUUGACAAAGUAAAUUAAAUAUUUUAUUAUUUAUUUAUAGUAAAAUUUUACUCACACACAAACUUAGACAAGCUUAGAAAAAUAUAAAAUGUGAAUGAAAUAGAAGCUGUUGCUUGCUUAUGAAACUAUAUUUGUACAAUUUCUGUCACUCCUGUUGAGCGAAAUGGCACCAUGAAGUUUUAUGUUCUGUACAUUUGUUUAAGUAUGAGGGUGUUAAUAUUUCCACUCAGCAAAUCUGUUUAAUAUUGUAGCGGAUAUUGUGUUUGUGUUUGGUCAUAUGAAUGCUUUUCAUGCGUUAUUUGUGGUUGAAGCAUUAUGCCUUGUGAUAUCAGCAUUGUAGACAAAUUAUUUUGUCACAAAAUCACUGUAAAGCAUGCAACACAUCUGCAAGUUUCCAAUCCAAAUAGUAACACUUAAGUGUUAUUUAAGAGCAAGCUAUGUAUUUUGGACUUCUCUUUUGAGUAAACAGGAACCAGAUCUAGUGGGUUUGUGAUUAUUAUGUAUUAUUUUAAUAUUAUUUCUUUUUUUAUUAUUAUUUUACAUCCCUCCAAUAUUGCAAAUGUAUAACUAAAUAAUUACUGAUGAUACAGAUGAGACCCUUAUUUGGUUUCAUGAUUUGGUGGACCACCUAGAUCAUAUGCACAGAGUAGCCACCAGGUGGCGCCUUGGUUCAUUUUAUUACCAAUAUUUUCCAGGGUCAUAACGAUGUAAUUAACAAUGCAAUCCCACCCUAAACUAAUAACAAUUGUAUUAUAUGUUGUUGAAGCACGUUUUCUGUUUUAUUAAUUAUUUAGUAUCAUUAGACAUAUACGCUUAAAAAAGCAACAAAUUAUAAAAUAUGUAUUAUUUCAGUUAUGAGUUAAUUAGGAAGCUCAGACCCCAUCAAUUGAUUAAAGUAACAAAUAUCAUUAA